AUGACGAGUACGUGUCCAUGGAGCAUAUCACCAAGUGAUCCAGAGAAAUCUCAGCCGAGUAUGCAAGCUUUAAUUGACGAAGCAUUGGCUCUGAGUCUCUACGAAAAAGAGGUGAAUGCUUUAGAGCGAGAGAUGAAUCCCGAGCAUAGGAGCAGUGUUUUUACCAAUAUACAGCGUAACAAGGAAAAACGGGACAUGGAGCGUAAUAAAGGACUUUUGAGUGCUGAUAGCUUUGAUGUCAUGAAUGAAGCCGCCCCAGGUGAGGAUUCAAUGGCUCCCUCCGUGUUGACGCGCUCGCCUGCUGCUGUCACAGGCACUGCAGCAUUGGCUCGUGCUAGAGUCGCAGGUUCCUUGUCCAUGGAAGAUGCAGAUCAUGGAGGUGGAAAAGGCAAGGGAUUUACAUCACUUAGGGAGAGUAUCAGGCGUCAACAAAAGAGUGAAAAGAAAGGCUUUGGAACAGGCCGAGUGGCGGCAGAAGCUCAUGCUACGACGGAUGGUGUCAUGGAUGAGCGAACCACUUUGAUCUUGCAGAAAAUGAUUAAUCGAGGAGAGUUGGACGAGGUGCAUGGAUGUGUACAAAGUGGCAAGGAGGCCCAUGUAUACUAUGCCAUGGGCAGAGAUGAAGCGACGAUGCAGCCGGUGCAGCUCGCGGUCAAGAUCUUUCGUACGACGCUGAACGAAUUUGGUAAUCGCCACGAGUAUGUGACGGGCGAUCGUCGUUUUGAUCUUAACUUUCAAAAGAAGGACCAACGUCGACAGAUUAAAGCUUGGACGGAUAAGGAGUAUCGCAACUUGUGUCGUGCUGCUAAAUGCAACAUUCGUGCACCAACUCCGGUGGUAUGCAAAGAACACGUAUUGGUGAUGCAAUUUGUAGGAGCGGAUGGGUGGCCAGAGCCCACGUUAAAGGAUGUACAGACGGAUUUGUCGCCGAAGCAACAGGCUCGCGCGUAUGCUGAUGUUCUUCAGGCGACCCGUGGUCUUUACCAGCGUGCACACUUGGCAGUUGACCGCACUCACCCGGGCACGGAGAAGCUCCUGAGGCGUGACCUGCACACUAUCAAUCGGUUUUUCCAGCGUGGCGACUUGUCUGAGGCCACCGUUGACGAAAUUGGUCUCCUCUCUGAUGACAAGGCAUAUGAAUACGUGGUGAGUGAGAAGCCAAAAGAGGUGAUGGCUGACUAUCCCACUCUAGCAACAUUGCUGGAAGAGUUGACUGAUGUGCCUGAGAUCCCAGAAGAAGAAGAGGCGGAUGAAGCGGAAGAAGCAGAGAACGAGGAAGCACACAUUGCAGAAGAGUCGCCGAAUGAGCACACUAAUGACGUCGGGGCUGCACUAGCAGAAAAGUCUCCGGAAUUGUCAAAGAACGAGCACGAUGGACUAUGA